GAGUUAACCUUUUCUAUAACAACAACCUGGAAUGGGAACCCAGUGAAACACAGUCCUGUGGUGUUCAGAGUUGGUGCUGCAGAUGAUACCUCAGUCAGGGUUGAUGUGAGUGGACCUUUGUUUAAUGAUCCUGGGCCCCCUCCAGUGGCCUCAGGAGGUGCCUGUCCAGAACUGUGGGAAUAUGAAGGUUGAUAAGUAUUAAAUUUUAUAUAGUAUGUCUGCAAAUAAAUAAACUCAGGAUUUUCUCUGCUGCUUUAGCCCUAUACCCCAUACAUUCCCAAGAUCUGAAUUAAAAAUAAUAUCAAUUUUCUGCAAUGUGUGCUUUAGUGUUAAAUACUUUUUGCCAUGUGAUAUUUUUGUUACUUCUCAUUAUCUUUCUGCUCAACUUUGUAUUGGUAUCCAAGGGAGACAUAGUUCUUUUAACUCCUGAAAGGGGAAUGGGCACAUACCAGGAAGUAUAGAGAAGCUAACAUCAAUGGUAAAACUACCACCUGGUUCCAGAAAGUAGUUCCCAAUGUUGCGGUCUGGCCUUGUUCCUGAAUUUUUGAAAAUUUCGAAAAUUUCUUGUCAAAACUGUAAACAAAGUCAGGUUGAAGUCCCCUCAAAGUGUUGUAAAUUGCAUUGGAGCAUAGUGAUAUGGAUUAUGCAUUAUAUAAAAAAAAUUUUUCACAAUGCCACAUCAUUAAAAUCUACAGUGGAAUUAAAAGUGACUUGCAAAAUGCCAUAUUUUGAAUGUGAGACAGACAUUAAUGAGUUAAAUUUUCAAGUUCAAGAUGCUUGCCUAUAUCAACAUAUCAAGGACCAACAAGGUUAAAGUACAUUUUUGAUGCAUUUGUAAUUCAGUUAGAGGCAUAUAUAAUGAAGAUAAUUAUUUGUGAUUGAUGUUGCUUAAAUAUUCUGUCACCUUUUUAUUUUGAUUCAGUGGCUGAGAUCUUCUUCCUUGGAGAUAAAGAUAAAUAUUUGGAGGUUGAGUUAUGCCCGUAAGUAUUUAGACAGACUAUAGCCUGCCAGAAUUGCAGGCAAGCAUGGGGGACUAUUAAUCACAGUUGGUUUUAAGUUUUGCAUUUCAAUGAUUGAAACAAUGGCAUCAGAGUUCUUGACCAAUCACAAGGCAGAGUAAAGGAGAAACAGCACAGUACCAAAUAGCUUUUGACAUUUGAUAGAAAAAAAAAAAGGUAUAAAUGUUUCUUAAAUUAUAAAUGAGCGGUUAUAAGAAAGGUGACUACAGGUACAAUCAGAUUGUUUUAAAUCUGUCACUAGCAAUGGCUAGUUUUCAUGUUUGUCUUUUUUCAUAUUCAUAGUCAUGGCCAGCAUCUGGUGCUUCUUCUGAAUGGGACAAGAAACAUGAUGAAGGUACGACUGAACCUAAAAUCUGAGACAAAAUGAGGUAAUUUGGUUUUAUCAACUGAGUUGAUGAUGUAAAUUGGCCACCAUAAAGAGUUUCAAAGCUGACAUUUUGAGCAUCAAUUACCCCUUUGUCAAAGCCAAUGAUGAAGGGCUAACACUCAAAAUGUCAGCUUCGAAACUCUUUCUGGUGGCCAAUUUACUUUAUCAACUCAGUUAAUGAUACCAAAUUACCUUGUUAUACUCUCCUACCCAUGCAGCAUCAUAGUUUCUUUUGAAACUUACCCCCUUGGGACAAAAUAUGCUGACUCAUAAUUUGAACAUGGAAACUGAGGUAAUAUUUGGCUGGAUGGGCCUCUUGGCUUGUGUUUCUUCUGUAUUGCUGUACAAAAGUAAACAGGAUUUUCCCUCACAAACUAAAAAAUUUAAACUUGGUUUCCUCGUAUUCACAUGGCAAGUUAUUUGUGGUGGAUAUAAUGACAUCAGCUAACAAAUUAGUAACAGCCACUCUUUAGUUUGAUUUAAAGAUUUCAUAAUUUUUGAAAUAGGAUAAACUUGCCCUAAAGUAUACAGCUAACACUGAUGAUGUGAAUAAAACCUGGAAAGGAACUGCCAUUAUACCAUUGGAGUACUUCCCUCCUGAUGUGACAAAGAUUAAUGCAUAUGCUAUCCAUGGGUCAGGGGAUGAGAGACAGUAUGAGGCUCUUUAUCCAGCUUCUGAGGAGUUUUACACGCCUGACUUGUAA